AUGGCGACGCUCGGGACUGACAAGCAGUGGUGGCCCACGCGCGAACCUCCCACGCGUCAGCCCGAUGAGGUCGACAUGGACACGACCAGGCGGGAGACGCGCCGGAACGUCAACCUGCGGCUGCCGUUUCACGACGCGCAGUGCGCGGUGGUGUGCCAGGAGGGAUGCUACCCCGACAAGAAAGCGCACGUCAACCAGGACACGUUCAUCCUGGAGACCGGGUUCGCGGGAGAACGCGAGCACGUGCUCAUCGGGGUGUUCGACGGGCACGGCGGCGCGGGGGAACACGCCGCGCAGAUCGCCGCCGCCACCUUCCCGCGCGAGCUCGAAAAGCACCGACGCGAUCCAGAGCUCGAGUCGCACGGCGAUCGGUCCGCGCCAGUGCCCCUCGACGCGCGCGCCACCGCGUACGCCCGCGCGUUCGUCGACACCGACCUCGUCGUCCAGAAGAACCUCGGCGACGCGUGCAAGAGCAGCGGCACCACCGCCGUCGUGGCGCACAUCGUGUGCGACAUGCUCCACAUGGGCAACGUGGGCGACUCGAGAGCCAUCCUGGGCACCGCUCGCACCGGGGAGGACGGCAACGCGGGCGCCUGGGACAUCGUCGAGGUGACGCACGACCAGACGUGUUUCAGACGGGACGAGCGCGAGCGCAUGCGGAAGGAGGCGAGAGAGCCCGUGCUCUUCGCGACGCUGGGCAUGAUCCUCGGCGAGACGCCGCUGAGCGAGGACUUCGGCGACGAGUCCAUCGAGGCGGCGGAUGAUCCGCCGCGGGUCUUUCGCAACGGCGCCUCGUACCCGGGUUGCGCCUUCACGCGGAGUUUAGGGGACACCGUGGGUAAACGCCUGGGUGUCUCGUCGGAUCCCGAGCUCCUCACGUACCAGCUGGACAAGAACUCGCGGUGUCUGGUGAUUGCUUCCGACGGCGUGUUCGAGUUUAUGACCAACGAGGAGGUGAUGGCGGCGGCGAAGCGGCACUGGGGGAACGCCCUGGCGGCGUGCGAGGAGAUCGUCGCGACGGCGUACGACUACUGGGCGACGGAGGACUCGCGAAGCGACGACGUCACCUGCGCGGUGGUCUUUCUCACCCCCCGGAGCGGCGCCGCGGAUGGAGCGGACCCGGACGAUCUCGGCUUGCCGAAGAUCAGCGAGGCAAAGGACAACUGGCGGAAACUCCGCGACGUCCUGCGCGCGGGCGCCAUCAAGAACCGCCCGGCCAUCAGGUUCGCGAACGCGGUGCUCGCGAAGAUGGCGAUCGACGUGCGGCACAGGCGCGGGUCGCUCGCGAUGGAGGAGCUCUUCCCGGGGUUCGACUUUGAGUCGGUGGGUUUGGCGAAGCGGAUGAGCUCGCUCAAGGGCGGGCUUUCGCAUCCGGACGACUACGUCGAGCCGACGGGAGAGGACAACUGA